AUGGCAAACAUACUGCAAUGGUUUCCUACAACCGCUCCAUUCAUCGCUAAUGCCCCAAUGUUUGGAUUUGCCGAUGUCAGCCUGGCAACUGCUGUCACAAAGGCCGGAGGAUUCGGAUUCAUUGGCGGAGGCUUUGAUUUCCGAUCGGAAUCUACCCAGCUUCAAAGCCUAGAUACUCAAUUGGCGAAUGCCCGUUCUACCUUUGGUUUGACCGAUGAUCAACCAUUACCGCUUGGUGUCGGUUUCAUUACUUUCCAGCCAGACGGGCUCAUUGACAAUGCUAUUCCCGUGCUCCAGAAGCACCGAGUAGCAGCAGUCUGGUUGUCCUUUCCUCGAGCUGACGCUGACCAUCUUCCAAUCAUACAAGCCAUUCGGAAGACCCAGGGGAUUGACUGGGAUAUCAAGAUAUUUGUCCAGGUAGGAACUGUCAAAGCUGCAGAAGAAGCACUUCAGCAGGGAGUGGAUGUCCUGGUGGUUCAAGGAACCGAUGCAGGGGGACAUCAGUGGGCCCAGGGUGCUAGUUUGAUAUCACUAUUGCCUGAGGUGCGAGAUCUUCUAUCGAAGGCUCAGAAUACAACUACUGCUAUCUUAGCAGCCGGUGGCAUUGUGGAUGGCAGGGGCUGUGUUGCAGCUCUUGGCCUAGGUGCCGAUGGGAUUGUCAUGGGUACAAGGUUUGUUGCAACCUCGGAAUGCCCUGCGCCGUCUACGAUUAAACAGACCAUUGUAUCGAGGAGCGACGGCGGACUCUCAACCAUCAAGUCCAUCCGACAUGACGUAUUCCAGUCAACCGAUGUCUUUCCGAGGCAGUAUGAUGGCAGGGCUAUUAUCGGUGUUAAUUACGAGGAUUCCCAGGAGGGGAUCAGUGACGAGGAAAUCAUUCGACGAUACAAUGAGGCUAGAGAGGCUGGCGAACAUCAACGGAGGACUGUAUGGGCGUGA